GCAAGGGUUACUCACUGUCCCGCGGUCUUCGAGUAUAGAUCGAACCAACGCAGCCUCCACAGAACAUUGGCGGGAUAAUCUGCCAAGUCGAGAUAUCUACUAGCAGCAAUUUCGAAUCGUCGCUGUGAUAGCACAUCACAGCCACUUAGCUGAUAAGCCGUUCCAACCUAGGACCCCGUCUAACCACCCCAGCCACAAUGCCCGGACUAGGAGAUCCCGUUGCGUUCCUUAAGGAUUUUGCCGCCGGAGGCAUUUCGGCGGCCAUCUCCAAGACAGCUGUAGCCCCCAUCGAGCGUGUCAAGCUGUUGCUGCAGGUACAGCACAUCUCGAAGCAGAUCGCCGAAGCCGAUCGAUACAAGGGUAUGGUCGAUUGCUUCGUGCGUAUCCCCCGAGAGCAGGGUUUCGGAGCGUACUGGCGUGGUAACAUGGCCAACGUUAUCCGGUACUUCCCGACGCAAGCACUGAACUUUGCCUUUAAGGACAAGUACAAGCAGAUCUUCCUGGGCGGUGUCGACAAGAACACCCAAUUCAUGCGUUACUUCAUUGGUAACCUGGCGUCCGGUGGUAUGGCCGGUGCCACCUCGCUUUGCUUCGUCUAUCCCCUCGAUUUCGCCCGUACCCGUCUCGCCGCUGAUGUCGGUAAGGAUGGUGUUCGCGAAUUCAAGGGUUUGGGUGAUUGUCUUGGAAAAAUCUUCCGCACAGACGGUAUUGUUGGUCUGUACCGAGGCUUCGGUGUAUCUGUCCAAGGUAUUAUCAUCUACCGUGCCGCCUACUUCGGUUUCUACGACACUGCUCGUGGUAUGCUGCCGAACCCGAAGACCACUCCAUUCUACAUCAGCUGGGCCAUCGCUCAGGUCGUCACCACCGUUGCCGGUAUUGUGUCCUAUCCAUUCGACACCGUCCGUCGUCGCAUGAUGAUGCAGUCUGGCCGUGCAAAAUCUGAGAUGGUCUACAAGGGCACACUGCACUGCUGGGCCACCAUCGCCAAACAGGAGGGCAGUGGUGCCUUCUUCAAGGGCGCAUUCUCCAAUGUUCUCCGUGGUACCGGCGGCGCUUUCGUACUGGUGCUGUACGAUGAAAUCAAGAAGAUACUGUAACACCAUAACACCCUGCUUUUAAUAUGUUUUUGUUCCUUUCCGUAACUGCCCUUCCCUUCACCAUCCCAUCCAAUCCAUGAAACUCUUUGCAGCUCAGCUCCUUAUUCUGUCUAUCUCUCUCUCUAACCGUUCGAUGGUUAGCUAAGCGACAAUUCAAACUAGCAGUUGUUGUGUUCGGAAAAACACGUGUCAAAUGUUUAUGUACAAAACCAUUGACGAUCAAAGUGAUGCAGCGAAUAAUAGAAUUUACGAAAAAUAAUUCUAAAAGUUUUAAGUGUAAAAGCCUAAACGAGCUUUCGAAACAGAGUAAAAUAAAGCGAACAAGAAAUUAAA